AUGGAGCUCAAGGAGAUUGGCGCCUUGAGGCGUUCGUCGUGUGUUCUAGGUCUAGGCUUCGCGACACAGCGGCUGCCGGUGGUGCGAUGCGGCAGGAAGAAUGCGCACGGUCCGGCCAGGAAGCAGCUCCACAAGCAGUGGGAUCGGCAGCGGCGGGGCGAUUCCAAGCAAGUGUCUCGCCAGUGGAAUCAGCAGGUGCGUGAUGUAACGACAUUGCCCGAUGUGAAGCGAUUCGACAGUCUUUCAACUGAGGAUCGAGCAGUCGGGCAGGUAACAUCGGCGCAGGCGAAUUUCAUGACUGUCGUGGUGGAACGAGCUGGAGCGCUCGACGAUGGCUUGCGAGAAGAGGGCUUUAGAGCGGGGAUUAAGCUUCUUUGCGUGGUGAGAGCACUUCUCAAGAAGAUCAGGAGAAGAGUCAUGGUCGGUGAUAGUGUUUUAGUCUCUGGAAUAGAUUGGACAGACAAACGCGGGAUGAUUGAAGAUGUUUUACAGAGACGAUCCGAGACUUCGGAUCCACCAGUGGCUAAUGUUGAUUUGUUACUGGUGCUGUUCUCACUCGAUAGGCCGCGCUUGGAUCCUGUGAUACUGAAUAGGUUCUUAGUCGAAGCCGAGUCGACUGGAAUACCUCUAGCAGUGGUGCUCAACAAGGCGGAUCUUGUUACUCAGGAGAUGAAAGAUAGCUGGGAGAAGCGGCUGACGGAGUGGGGAUAUAAACCAUACAUAUGCAGUGUAGAGACUGGUAUGGGGCUUCAUGACAUGGCUCCUCUCCUCGAAGAUAAAACAUCAGUCGUUUUUGGCCCAAGUGGAGUCGGAAAAUCGAGCUUGAUCAAUUUUCUACGCGGAAGGUCUUGCCUUCCACCAGAUGACAUCCAGGCACUAGACGAAGUUGACGAUGAAGUCAUUCGCGUAAAUGAGGUGUCGUAUCGAACUGGAUCCGGACGACACACGACGCGGCACGUUUCUCUCUUGCAUCUGCCAUUUAGAGGGGCUAUGCUCGCUGAUACUCCAGGUUUCAGCUAUCCCAACUUGUCAAUGGUGACGAGUAACUCAUUAGCAUCGCUUUUCCCCGAGGUGCGGGCGCGCCUGGAGAAGAGCGAGUUUAGCUGCGGAUUUGCAGAUUGCCAGCAUAUAUCGGAACCGGAUUGUGUAGUGGGUGGUGACUGGGAAAGAUAUCCAUAUUACGUUUCAUUGUGGAAUGAAGUUCACAAACGAGAAGAACACGAGAAAGCGGUCUUUGGCACAAAGCAAGAAAAUGACAUGAGGUUCAAGGUAAGAGAAUCCGGAGUUAAGCAGGCCGAACCAAUGCUUGAGCUAAAGAAACAUCGAAGAACGUCUCGCAGACAAGUUCGGCAAAUGGUUGAUAGUGAUGUUCGGGAGCAAAGAGACGAACAGAGGGAGCUCGAUGAGCUGGAGAAUGCAGAUGCUGCCGUCUAGACGGUAGCUUAUCUUUGGACCAUGUCCUACAGUGCUCCGGCUUAUGGAUGUCAGUUUCCAGGGAAUUCUAUACGAUUAAAAUCCGUCCUGGUCUUUUGGCGCUA